UUCCCUCACCACCACCACCCUCAACGCCUUGCCUUUCUGCUCUCCUCGACCUUACCUGCUUCUCCCUUGAAACCUGGUUACUCUCAGCGCCCAGUCCGACACCUUCACGACCAAGCACACUCGCAACCCCGCCAUGUCUUACUACAACGACCAACCCCAGGGCUCCUACGGCCGGGAUCCUUACAACCAACCUCCAUCGUACGGCGGUCCCCCUCAAGUGCCCCAUCCAUGGGUUGCCGAGUGGGACGAACGGGACGGCCGCUGGUUCUUCGUCAACCGCGAGACCGGCGAACGCACCUUCCAACACCCGCAACCGUCCUAUGGCGGCGGCGGCGGCGGCGGCUACGAAGAGCGAGGCUACGGGUCCGGUUACGGGGGACAGGAGCAGAGGGGAGGAGGCUACGAGCAAGAGCCGCAGAAGAAAUCUCACACUGGUCGCAAUGUUGCACUGGGUGCUGCUGCAGGACUCCUGGGGGGUGCUCUCUUGAUGCACGAGGGAGAAAAAGUCGAGGAGAAAUGGGACGAUGCCAAGUACGAUGUCGAGAACGACGUGCGUGACGGCGUGCAAGACGUUGAGAACUUCCCGGACAAUGCAGCACGCUGGACGGGAGAGAAAGUUCAAGAGGUCGAGGACAUCCCGCAAGACGUUGACCGCAAAUGGGACAAUGCGGUGCAGGACGUUGAAGACGUGCCCGACGACGUUGCCGGCUGGGCGGGCCGAAAGGUCGGGGACGUUGAGAGAUUCGACGACAACAUCGACAACGCCUACGACCAAGGCCGUGAUAAUGCCCGAUACGAUGACAACUACUAGGCUGCGUCGAGGUUCUCGACACUCCACUGCUCCGAGGGUUUCAGGGGCUUACACAGAGACGAGCGAAUGGACGGAGCUCCGCCUCUUAGAACGUGAUAGCGUUUCCAUGGUUGAUGCUUAUGACCCCUGCUCUGCAUCAUGGCUUUGAAGCCACGGCACAGUUGCUCUGACCGGCAAUAGGCCUCUCUCGCGAUAGACAACGAGUCGGCUGAGACACUCGAUCAAUGAAAGAUGACUAUUAGUCUUG